UUCGCCUCGCGCUGCAAAGCGCAAGGACAUGUUCCACGUUCAUAUCCACCCUCUAACCGUGUGGCCAUGACAAUUGGGCCCUGGUGUUUCUGCUUAUCGAGCGCGAGGACCAAUACGACUGCCGCACCGCGUGAGCGAAAGAUCCAACAAAACACCCGACAUCGAUUUCCAGCGAUCUUCACUGAAUUCAACUGCGUACCUUUUCCCUCCCAGCUUCUUCUCACCCACUAUGGCCCCCAUCCCUAACCCGCGCGUUGUGUUUGCGAAGCCCAUUCCGGAGGGUGCUUGGCCAGUCAUUGGCGAGCAUCUCGUCUACGAUGACUCGCGAACUAUCGAUCUGGACAAUGUGCCUCUGAACGGCGGCUAUCUGACGAAAGCUCUGUACCUCAGUCCCGAGCCUUACAUGCGCGUGCGGAUGCGCGAUGAAAACAUCAUCGACUACAGCAGCCCGAUGAAGGCUGGCGCACCUGUCGUCAGCCUGUGUGUUCUGAAGGUCCUCCGCUCGGAGAAGGAAGGUUUCGAGCCUGGUGACCUUUUGUACGGAGGUUCGCAAUGGGAGCUUUACACCGUGCAACCAUACGUAGAAGCGCGUCGGGAACGAGACCCUUCGUGGCCUCCCUGGACGAUCCACAUCGACGGGUUCAUCGUCCACAACAAGGUCCCAGACCCGAAGGGCGCUUUCCCUCUAUACAAGUACUGCAGCCUUGGCGGUGCGCCGGGGAUGACCGCAUACGCAAGUUGGAAGAAGUACGCCGAUGCUAAGAAGGGCGAGACCGUGUUUGUUUCCGCUGGCGCGUCUGCUGUCGGCAGCAUGAUCAUCCAAUUCGCCAAGCUCGAUGGCCUGAAGGUUAUCGCAUCCGCAGGGUCCGACGCAAAAGUGGAAUACAUGCGAUCACUCGGCUGCGACGUCCCAUUCAACUACAAGACGACUCCGUACAAGGAUGUUCUGGCGAAGAAUGGACCUAUCGACAUUUACUAUGAUAACGUCGGCGCCGAGGCAUUCGCGGCGGCCCUCGACAAUAUGGCCCUCUUCGGUCGCGUCAUUAUUUGCGGUCAGAUCGCGGAAUACAAUGUCGCUGCAGAGAACAAAUUUGGAAUCAAGAAUACCGACAUGAUCUACAAGCUCAACUUGACUGUCAACGGGUUCCUCACGCCCUACCUCGCGGAAGAGUAUGCCCCCAAGUUCUUCGUGGACGUGCCGCCCAUGAUCGCGGAGGGCAAGCUGAAGAGUGAGGAGAGAAUAUACGAUGGUAUAGAGUCGGCGCCGCAGGCCUUCGUCGAUAUGUUGAAGGGUGGCUGGGAUACCGCGAACGGCAAGGUGGUCGUCUCGCUGGUAGAUCAGUGAGUAUUACCAUGCAUAUCUGGUUGCGCAAAUGUACGUCUAAGUAUAGGCUUCUUUUCUCUUGGUUCAUGCCUUCAUAGAAGCAAGCUCGAUCUUCUACAGUAGUUGUGUGUCUAGAUUGAUCAAGAUCACCUGAUGCUAUUUGGUCA